GACAGAAUGAACAUGACAGGGCAUUAUAAUUUUCUGGCGAUGCAAUGAUCAAAACCGAAUAGACUUUAAAACGCAAAUUCAAUAGUUUUUACGUGAAUUCGUGCAAAUAUUUAGAAGUAAGUCGAUAAAUCCAAGUCUUGUGCAUCUUCUAACGUGAAUUUUGUCGAGCAAUUUGUUGUAAAAACAUAAAUUUUAAGGUUUAUCAACAAUAUAAAAAUGAGUGAGACAAAGUCAGAAACACCGAAAAUAGAGUCCAAAAAGGAGACCGAGGACGAUAAGAAUGAUUUGUCUGAAGAGGACAAACAGCUUCAGGAUGAGUUGAAUUUGUGCGUUGAGAGGCUUCAGGAGAAUAAUGCUGGUCUUUAUAUGGCGGCCCUUCAGGCUUUGUCUAGUCAUAUCAAAGCCUCCACAACCUCAAUGACUUCAGUACCAAAACCCCUUAAAUUCAUGAAGCCUCACUAUGACACCAUGAAAGCUAUUUAUGAAAAAAUAACUGAUGCUGAAGUAAAAAAAGUAUGUGCCGAUAUCAUAUCAGUGCUUGCUAUGACAAUGGGGGAGAAUAGGGAGUGCCUUAAAUUCCGCCUGAAGUCAGAAAUGAAUAAAAUCGGCGAGUGGGGUCAUGAGUAUGUCAGACAUUUGGCAGGAGAAAUUGCUAGUGAAUGGGCUGAAACUGAUUUAACUUUCGAUAAAGGUUUAAGGGAGAAUUUAAUUUUACUAGCAAAGCAAAUUGUGCCUUACAAUAUGGCGCAUAAUGCUGAGGCUGAAGCAUGUGAUUUGCUGAUGGAAAUUGAACGUUUAGAUCUUCUCGACGAAUAUGUUGAUGAUAAUAUCUAUCCUAGAGUUUGCUUGUAUUUAACUAGUUGUGUCCCCUAUGUGGCUGAUCCAGAAAAUACAACUUUAUUACAAACUGCAUUGUUAUUGUUCCGUAAAUUUAAACAAUAUCCACAAGCUUUAAGAUUGGCUAUGCAGUUAAAUGAUCAUUCUUUGAUUGAAGACAUCUUUAUUACCUGUCCUGAUACUGCUGUCCAAAAGCAGUUGGCCUACAUGCUGGGCAGACAGCAAAUCUACAUCGAAAUCCCCGAUACCACUCCCGAAUACGAGGACCUUAUCGAAAUAAUGGCGAAUUGUCACUUGAACAAUCAUUUCCUGAAUCUGGCCAGAGAGCUGGACAUAAUGGAGCCGAAAACUCCCGAGGACGUGUACAAGUCGCACCUGGAGAACAGCCGACCGCAAUUCGGCGGCAGUCAAGUGGACUCGGCCCGGCAAAACUUGGCGGCCAGUUUCGUGAAUGGUUUCGUGAACGCUGCCUUCGGUCAGGAUAAAUUGUUGAUGGAGGACGGUAACAAGUGGUUGUACAAGAACAAAGAGCACGGCAUGUUGAGUGCCACAGCCUCCUUGGGUUUGGUUUUGUUGUGGGAUGUCGAUGGUGGUUUAACCCCCAUCGAUAAAUACCUGUACUCUUCCGAGGACCACAUCAAAUCCGGUGCCCUGUUGGCCUGCGGUAUCGUCAACUGCGGGGUUAGAAAUGAAUGCGACCCGGCAUUGGCUCUACUAUCCGACUAUGUUCUUCACCAAACGAACAUCAUGAGGAUUGGAGCUAUAGUCGGUUUGGGUUUGGCUUACGUCGGCUCGAACCGCGAGGCCGUUUUGAGUUUGCUGUUCCCAGUAUUCAGCGACCCGAAAUCCAACAUGGAGGUCAUCGGUAUGGCUGCCUUGGCUUGCGGCAUGAUAGCAGUCGGUUCUGCCAACGCUCAAGUCACCACCACCAUAAUGCAGACUUUGAUGGAGAAAUCCGAGACUGAAUUGAAGGACACUUACGCGAGAUUUUUGCCGUUGGGCCUCGGUUUGUGCCACUUGGGCAAACAGGAGGGAGUCGACACCAUCAUAGCCGCUUUGGAGGUGAUCCCAGAGCCGUUCAGAUCCAUGGCGACCACCAUGGUGGAUAUUUGCGCGUACGCCGGCACCGGCAACGUACUGAAAGUGCAGCACUUGCUGCACAUUUGCUCGGAGCAUUACGAAGCCGGGGACAAAGAGGAAGCCAGAGGUAACCAGGAUAAGAACAAGGAUAAAACGAAGGAGAAGGAGGAGAAGGAUAAGGAUCUAUCGUCCAGGCAGGCCAUAGCGGUGCUCGGUAUCGCUCUAAUAAGCAUGGGAGAAGACAUCGGGGGCGAGAUGGCCUACCGCACGUUCGGGCAUUUGCUCAGGUACUGCGAGCCUGUGAUCAGAAGAGCCGUACCGCUAGCGCUCGGCCUCAUCUCGGUCUCGAACCCCAAGUUGAGCAUUCUGGACACCCUGUCGAAAUUCUCGCACGAUUCCGACGCCGAGGUUGCGCACAACGCCAUCUUCGCCAUGGGCUUGGUGGGCGCCGGCACUAACAACGCCCGCUUGGCCGCCAUGCUCAGGCAGCUGGCGCAGUUCCACGCCAAGGAUCCCAACAACCUGUUCAUGGUCAGGAUUGCGCAAGGAUUGACGCACUUGGGAAAAGGCACGUUAACCUUGAGCCCUUACCACAGCGACAGACAGCUGAUGAGCCCCGUAGCCGUGGCUGGACUUAUGGCCACUUUGGUCGGAUUUUUGGACGUCAAAAAUAUUAUAUUGGGACGUUCCCACUACCUUUUGUACACAUUGGCUGCUGCGAUGCAACCUAGGAUGCUUGUUACUUUUGAUGAAGAUCUCAACCCAUUGCCAGUGCCUGUAAGAGUAGGUUUGGCUGUGGAUGUAGUUGGCCAGGCUGGCAAACCUAAAACGAUUACAGGCUUCCAAACUCACACCACACCAGUUUUACUAGCAUUUGGUGAGAGAGCAGAGCUGGCAACUGAGGAAUACCUAGCAUUAACUCCGAUUAUGGAAGGAUUCGUUAUCCUUCGAAAAAAUCCAGACUUUAAUCCUUAAUUUAGUUAUUUAUGUGUAAUGAAUUCACCUUAUACACUUUAUUUUCUGUUUUCUUAAAUUAAUAAAUAACAUACUUUUUAA